AUGUCACUCCUCGACGCGCAUCUAGAGCAAAUUUCACUUUGCGCGCGAUCCAUCGCCGAGCUGCCUUUCCCCCCGCCUAAGAUAUUUACGAACGCAUUACUGCAAUCCCACGACAUUACGAGCUUGAUCCGUGAUACUGAAUCUCAUGAACGCGCGCUCUUCUCUGUUCCGCCUGCCGCUACAGCCCCAAAAGCCCAAGAGUCCGUUGGCAGCUCGAACCGACGUAAUACCAUCUUCAGCGCCACCGGUGCCACCGCGGGAAUCGCCGGAGGCGGCGCGAAUGCUAUGAGAGCGCCAAAGAGGAACACGGCCGUUGCGGCUGUUCUGGGCACUGAGCUCGUUGAGCGAAUACGACGUGGAGGUGGAGGCGGGGCGGGCAGUGGCCUCGGUUACCGAGCAUACGAUGGCGGGAACAAGAAUGAUAUAGAUGUAGACACCCUGCUGGAGGGUGCUGAGAAACUGCUAGGCGUAUAUCCAAUUCCUGGAGCACACGAUCGGAUUGCAUCGUUGCGCCAACGACAUGGCCGACUCGAGGCGUCGAUAGAGUAUUACGAAUCGCGCAUUGCAGAACAGGCUGCGCAAUUGAGCAAGCUCAAUCGGUCACGCGAGUAUGUCGAACAUGAGCCAGAGGAGGUUGAAAAUGUGGCACAUGUCAUGACCGAGGAGGAUCUCCGACGUGAAGAGGAAGAGGUGAGGCAGCUAGAGCGAAGGAAACGAGGUCUCGAAGACCAUGUGAAUUCCAUGGGAAGGGAUAUAUCUGGUUUUCUACGUUGA